AUGCGCCUAGUUGCUUCCAUCAGCUACAUAGCUGCAGCCAGUGCAUGCACUUCUGGGCAAAAUGGUCACUGGGUCGUCCGCGAGCGCGAGCAUGCAGCCGAAGCAGCUGGAGCCUUGGGUAUCCGCGUCGAAGACUUGGCAAAGAUAAAUCGAGUUGAUACGACAAGAUUGAACAAGAUCCACCCGGGCGAAACGUAUACGGUCCCCUACGUGGCUUCGCUCGCACCGCCGGCCGUAUGGCACAUCGAGCCGAUACAGACCGGUAUUUCCGGCUGUCUGGCACACCUCGAGUUGAGUCCAACCACAACCUUCACAGCCGAAGUGAAAGCAGCGGCAGGCACUCAGUUUUCAUCAUUGCCACCACAAGACCAUACUUGUCGUUCUUCUGGCUCGAAGACUACUACAAAUGAUGACCCUACGGGCUCAUUUCGUGAGUCAUGCGGGCUUCUUACAUGCGGCUCAGCGGAUCUCCUUGGGACAUCAACACCGUCCCUUGUAGCCGGCACCUUGAGAACAUCAGCAGCAACAGGCUGCGCGAGCAAGGACUCUUCGACGCCUCUGGGUGCCGCCCAAUCUUCAGCAACUACCUCCGGCGUUCUGACUCCGUACUCAAAUCCGAACCCUGUAACUUUCUGCAUCGACGAGCAGCUUGAGCGCUGGCGCCCCGGAUUCAAUUCAGACAGACAGGCUGAACUAGCUGGUCUUUUCUGCAGCGAGAAACGGGCCCCUUUGAACGCUACAAGCCCAGGCUAUGCUCGGGAAAUGGUGCCACUACCGGCGAAAGCGUACGCUGAAGGCUAUUACUUCUAUUCUCUGCUUUGGACUGGCUGGGACCAGAAUUGCACCGCGGAGCAGACCAUCGACACAGAUACUUGUAUCGACAUGAUGAAGCAAAGCUUCCGGAAAUGUUAG